UUAAAAUCUGUAAUAAUAUUUUCUAACUAUUAGUAUUAGUAACUAAUAAUAUUUCAAUUUAUAAUAUAGAAGGAGAAUCUAUUUCCUUCUUCCUAGAAAGCUACGACACAAACUCAUCUACAUAACAUUCAAUAGAGAACUAACUUCACAAGUGGACACGCGGACGUUUGUGGUCAAAGUCAAAAUAUGUAUUAGUACAAGAAUCCCAUGUGUGUGUAUGCGUGUUAGUCUCCGAUCUAUACUUCCGGUCGUCCCUGGAGCGAAAGGUCGUCUACUUUGUGAGAACCAAUGGCCAUCUUUGAAUACUUGGAGUUAUCGGAGUUGUGAAAUUAUGAGUACUUCCUUGAAUUUCGAUGGUGAAGGGACUUUCUAUAAAAGCAGGAGAAACGGAAGACUAACUUUGAAUCGUUUUUUAGACGUUCGACAAGUAACAUCGGUUCCACGAUGAAGAAAAGUGUAUCUUUAAUAAUAGCGCUAUGUGCGAUUUUCCUGAAUCAAUCGCACGGUAAGCCAACGGAAAUUGCGAAGAAUGCUGACGUGCUGGAUCCCGCUGCAUCAACUGCGAAUAAUAAUUCUUCUGAAGCCGUUGUUGAAACUGUAAGAGAACAAAGAUCGCCACAAUUCGGUUUAUUUGACAAUUACGGUGAUUAUUCUGAUUACGGUGAUAAUGCACGCUUUUAUUAUGGAAGUAAACGUAAAUAUCAUCACCAUAAACCAUACCAUCAUAAACCUAUUGGAGGACAUGGAUGCCGCGGUUAUGGCUGUGGUGGAGGAUUGCAACCGGAUUAUGGCGGCCAUUACUAUGGUGGACAAGGAUCGUCUUUCGCCUCAGCGUCAGCAGGAUCUAUAGGUGGAGGUGGUCCUUACAAUGGAGGACACAGCGGAGCCAAUGCACAGAGCGCGAGUUUUAGCGUUGGACCUUUCUCAGCUUCUUUCAGUUCUGCUCAAGCCUCAGGAAACAGCGGAUUUUAAAUCUUUGAGGAGGUUUCAGGAGCUACUCUCGAAGCUGAUCUCGAAUCACUCCUAAUUCAUUUCACCAUCAUCGUCUCUCUGCCAUUAUCGUGGGAUCAUUGUUUACAAACAUUCUACGUCACUAGAAGCAAGUAAAUAAGCCUAACCGCGUGCGCGAUCCACCCCCUUGCCUCCUGAGAUUUCCUGAGAGAGCAAGUUCCCUUUGUCCGCAUGCCAGCCACCAGAUGUUCCCUAAAAUAAAACUGGCAAAAUAUCGCAACAUAGCACCGCGGUUCGCGCACGAUAAGCGAGACGGAGGAUAAAUCCGGUGCGAGGGGGACAAGGAUGGCGAGGUUGGAGAACGACGGAGCAGAGAGACGCCACGAGACGAAGGGUCGCUGGAUAAACGGCACAAAGGGAUAGGAAGCUAAAGGGAGAAGGGCCUCGUAAAGAACCAGCGCCUGAAAUCGAGAUCCAAAAAGCCCCGUGCAAUGACCGGGCGAUCUGCACACGCGAUCUUCGCCGGUGCAACAUCCUCACGAUGCUCUCUUCGUUCUCCUCUCUCAGAGACCCACCUCCAGAAAGAGCGGCGCCCUAUGGAGGUCGGAUACGUAGGACGUAUCUGAUGAAUCUUCGGCAAAAGAUGGUUUAUUUAUUUCUUGCUUGGCGAGAAGAACGGUUGAUUUAAUUUUGUAUUAAAUUGUUAAAAUUGUACGAAAUUAAUAACGUAUUUGAGUUUUUAUUAGAUAUAAUUAUUUCUUCUUUCAAUUUUUAUCGAAAAAUAAAGAACACGGAGAAAAAAUAAUUUGCAAAAGAAGAGAUAGAGAUUAACGUCAUGCUUUUAUUUAACAUAUUUAUCUUAAAAACAAAAUGUUUUCUUCAGUGCCAUGUAAAACACAAAUACUAAUAGAAAUAAUUUAAUUAAUUAGUUAAGAAAUAAUGGCUUGGUUAAAUAUAUAUACGAAUGAACGACA